GACCGGAAGUUGGCGUCGUCUUAUGAACUAUUCUACUCCUAAACCCAAAACCAAACCCUAUUUUACUCCAAAAACGAAGCAUGUAAGAAACGUCAACUUUUUCAUCAAAGAGAGGUUUAUUCGUAACAAAAAGGCUGUUGCCUCAAUGAAAUUUGAAAUUAUGGUCAUCAGUUCAUAGCAUUUGAAAUUUUUCAGCACAAUGAAGUACUACAGACAAAUUAUCAGAUACCGAUUGCAGCGCCCUCAUUCGGAGUUGUGGAAAGGUCGUGGGUGCCGGUCGGUUGUACGCGCUCGCGUAAAAACCACAAAUUUCUCAAAAUGAGCGAGACGGAGACCAAGAAGGACCUCGGAAAUGGCAAGGCUGAUGCCGAAGACGUGAAGGGAACGAAACGGGCUGCUGAGGAUGACAUUGAGGCCAAGAAGUUGAAGACCGUCAACGGCGAGGAAGAGGAGGACAUCGGCGAGGAGGAGGAGAACAUCGAUGGCGAGGAGGACGACAUCGAGGGAGAGGAAGACGAUAUUGAGGGCGAGGAGGAUGAAGAGGACGUAGAAGGCGAAGAGGGUGAGGAGGAGGACGGCGAGGAAGAAGAGGGCGGUGAGGAGGAGGAGGACGAUGCAUAAUUUGUGUAGCUUCAUUACAUCUGGACUAAAAUGGCGGGGUGCCGCUGACAGGUGGCCGCUGUCGGGGCAUGUCGAUGGCCGGGCGCAUGUUCCGGCGGCGGCGGCGGCCUCCCGGCCCGGCCGGCACCGAGCCGCCGACACCGGCAGACAUCAAUUUUAUCCAUCAGCCAGCCACAGACGAGAUCACAAAGCGUCUCACCCCUCGUCUGAGUCCUCAUCUGUGUCAUGUAACUUAUUCCUUCUCGAUGUGUACAAGUAGAAAGGCGUGUUGUGUUAGAGCAGAGCGCCCGGUGCCGCGGGGGAGUGCGCCCGGGCCCGGGGAGGGAGGGUAACAUGCAUGCAGGUGGGUGGGCGGGCAAUUAGACAUCACCGCACUCCUCCGCGCGCCCGGGGGUGGGUCGUGUUGGUGUAUGGGUGUCGCCACCCACUGGCAUAAUGCUAAGGAACGAAAUUCCUUUCCCCCGACUCGGUCAAUAAAACAACACUGCGAAUCUUCGCUGCCCACAUCGGUCGCUGAAUAUUGCAACUUGUUGCUCCAAGUAGUGUAACUCAUCAUUUUACAUACACUUCAGAAUCACAACGACCACUGUUUUAUUUCGGUUUUACGGAGGGAGGGAUGACUGCUGGUGUGCUGGUACUGUGUUCUCAACGGACGUCGACGGCCGACCGGGAGCUCCCGGAUCUCAAGGUGGGUUGUCUGCACGCCUAUGGACGUGUGCGAGAGCGCCUGCCGUUAUUACAGUACCGUUUUCUAAUAAAGACAGAAAUGAGA